AUGUUUUUAAUAAACUACAACCCGUCCUCUUCUCCACAACCAAACUUAACACACCCUAAUAGUCAAUCACGUGAAAUGACUAGGUCAAAUGAAUUGGAAAUUUUGUCAAACAUUAAUUUUCCAUUGGAAUUCCCUACUAACAUAGAAACGCCAGACAAUACUAUCGGUCAACAAAUACUCGAUAGUAAUCCUGCUUCAAUCCAACAAAUGUUUCAACAAAAUAUGCCUCAACAACAAUCAUUCCUUUCAAUACCAACUACCGACGGCGUUGCUCCCUUUUUCGAUCAAUUUUCAUUUCCUCCUCCGCCUACAAGUUCACCUAAGUUUACUUCUGCGUAUCCGUCUCCUCCUCCUCAAAUAAUGCCACAUGGCGUAAUAGGAAAUGAUGCGUUAUUUCCAACUCAGUUUUCUGAUACAAUUGCCGACCCUUUAACUUGUCAAAGUUCACCAAUACUUUCUGAACAAUCAGCUGUUUGUCUUACGGCUGCGCAACAAAGUGGAAUGGUAACUCCCCCAAUGAUUAUGAAUGGACAUAAUUAUUAUCAUCCGUAUUCUGACAUGUUAGAUCAUGGUUACGCAUAUCGACUUAUAGCUGAAGAAAAUAAAAGGCGGCGAAACACUGCUGCCUCUGCAAGAUUUCGCAUAAAAAAAAAGAUGCGUGAACAAGCUCUCGAAAAAACUUCUAAAGACAUGAGUGCAAAAGCUGAGAUGCUCGAAAACAAAGUGCGUGAAUUAGAAAAGGAAAUAAAAUGGCUAAAAUGUUUGAUUAUUGAGAAAGAUGCCAGCCUUUUGGAUAUUGAACGUCCUAAGGAGCAAUCUAAUCAAAAUUAA